AUUAACUGUGGUUUUGAAAUCAACAUUUAGCUGAGGGACGAAUCACAGAUCGACAGCGUCCUGGUGCGUCAGCGGCUGCCGGGGACUUUUAUUUUGUCAUCUCUCAGGAAGUGUGUGUUUGGCUUGGUUGGGUAACAACGGCGCGGGGAGACACGCUCACACUCGCUUCCACACACAGGAGAUUGAAGCACUUAGAGACGCGCAAAGGUCAGCGGCGUCUUCUUUAUUUCCACCCCGACAGCUAAAAGUGUUUUGAGUCAAGCAUCGUAAAGCGUCAGGCUUUUAAUUUUGGUGUCAAAUUAUUGUCAUUUCAGACACCGAUCUGAAGGAUUUAGCGUCUUGCUGUUUUGAUUUUUGUUUGGCGUGAAAACAACUCCACCGGGCUUGUAUGCACUGAGGAGGACGGAGAACCUGGAUAGUGGAUACGAAGCGGAGCGGAGCGCAUCAGACGGGGUCCAACAACCCACCAGGUAUGGCAGCAGUGUUGCCGAGGACUCUUGGUGAGCUGCAGCUCUACCGGAUACUGCAGCGGGCGAACCUCCUCUACUACUACGAGGCCUUCAUUCAGCAGGGCGGGGACGAUGUGCAGCAGUUGUGUGAAGCUGGGGAGGAGGAGUUUCUGGAGAUCAUGGCCUUGGUGGGCAUGGCUAGCAAGCCGCUGCAUGUACGCAGACUGCAGAAGGCGCUGCGGGACUGGGUCACCAACCCGGCUAUCUUUAAUCAGCCGCUCACCUCGCUGCCUGUGUGCAGCAUCCCUGUCUACAAGCUCCCAGAAGGCUCCCCGACUCUUCUAGGGAGCCAGGACCGUGCAGGCAGUGUUAAGAUGUCUAAAGGCAUCGGCGCCGCUUGCUCUGACGCGGGAAAGCUGGAAGUGUCUCGAGACAAAGCAUCAGGCAGCUCACCACUCCAAGGCGGGAGUGACGCUCGGUUCUGGUCGGGUCACAGCAACGACAGCGAGCACAGCCUUUCGCCCUCUGACCUCGGCUCACCGUCGUCUCCCAGAGAUGGCCUCGAGGCUCUGGACACUGCCGCCGUGCAGUCGGUCCUGGAGUGCGUGGACCGGAUGGCACCAGGACUUCCAAAAUCGGACUUGUCCGAGGUCAAAGAUCAGCUGAAGAACAACAAAAAACUAGCAAAGAUGAUUGGACACAUCUUUGAAAUGAGCGACGAUGACCCGCGACGGGAAGAUGAGAUUAGAAAAUAUAGCGCCAUCUAUGGACGAUUUGACUCCAAGAGACGGGACGGCAAACACUUGACCCUGCACGAGCUGACUGUGAACGAGGCGGCUGCGCAGCUGUGUAUGAGGGAUGUGGCUCUGCUGACCCGGCGCGACGAGUUGUUUGGACUGGCCCGACAGAUCUCCAGAGAAGUCACAUACAAGUACACCUAUCGAACCAGCAAGUCCCGGUGUGGAGACAGAGAUGAGCCGUCGCCGAAAAGGAUAAAAACAGAAGAAAACUUCUUUGACAUCCAAGAGGCGCUGCAGGCAAUUCACAUGAGGCAGGAGAUGCUCAGGGAGCAACUGGCUAGCGCCAAGUCCAAAGGAGACGAGAGCAUUGGUCGGAACCUGCAGAUGCAGCUGGAGCGACUCCUGGCCAGACAGAUGGAGAUCCUUCAGGAUGCUGCUGUCCAGGAGCGACUGCAGGCUCUAGAUUGGAGGAUCCCCCCCGCCGCCCUCAAGUACCUUAACAGCGCACAGAACACCAAUGGAGCCAGCGGUGAUGCUGCCAGAGACCACCAGGAGGAACGGCCGCUCAACCUGAGGGUUGUCAGUCAAACCAUGCCGGAGGGCGAGCUGCCGCUGGGCAAGCAGCUAGCCAACGAGCUAAAGCGACAUCACAACCACAACAACAGCAACAACAACAACAACAACAACAGCAGCAGCAACAACACAGAUGAGCCCAAAACACCAGCAACAGAAAACGGAACGAUGACUUUGUCACAGCGAACAUCGAGCAACGCAGAGAAGAAGGCCAUCAAGUCCGAGCCCGAAGAUUCUACGUAGUGCCUCCCGCCUCACCCGCCACUCCUGCCCUCCCUGUGUUCAUUAUCUCACAUUUGACAGUAUGCAGCUUUCCACCGUCAAUAGAUACUAAGCAAGCACAGCCACAGUAGAGCCUUAACAACCAACGUUGCCUCAUAAAUAGCAUUUAUUUUUCUUUAAUUUUUCCUCACUCUUGUUGAAAAGAAGACAAACUAUUUGCCAAAGUACCUAGGAGCACUUUGAGAAGCCUCUGGAUGCUCUGCGGGUCUUUGUUGAUUAUUUGUAAAUGUUUGGAAUAUUUGUGAGAGGAUGUUGUUUACCCUGGUCUUUCCUUUCCUUGUCGUUGCUUACUUUCGACGAUCAGGUCGCAGGCGUCUCUGUGUGGGCUGAAUCUUGACUCAAGUGCAUUCUGGAUGUGUAUGGCAUUAUAGAUCAAGUUCGGCCGCUUGGCUCAAAUUUAUGGCCACAUUUCUCUUAAUGGACUUCAGCAAACCUGAAUACAAUGUUUGUCUGGCUGUUUCUGUUUGUUUUGAAGUGUUAUCAAAGUCAAUGAGGAGUUGUUUAUUUCCAGGUAGACUGUAAAUUGCUUUACAUUAAAGUGAGUAUAAAGGUUUCAUGUUGGAAGUGAUUUUCGUGUGACGCCAGAAGUACAUACAGAUCACAAACCCUCACAGUAAAGAGGAAUCAUGUUUAGGACCCUUCACAUCGAAAACAGCUCUGUGGAGAUAAAGUAAAUGAAUUAGUGAAACAGCACUUAAAACUCAACUUCAACGCAUUCCAAUAAUGUUAUCACAAGAACCAAAGAUUCAAUCAGCCUGUAAUGAAAGUGUUCCUCCUUUUGAGUUCAGAUUCAGCCUCAGCACCUGCCUGUUUUGAUUGUUUUGUUGGAGCAAAGAAGCAGUGUCCUCUAACAAGGUGUACAGGAGUUGCUGUGUUUGUCGCGGUGGCUGAGCUAACCCGCCGUAACUUGUUGAUUUCACUUCAGCGGAGCGCUGCUGUUGAACUGAAUCACAUGUCUCUGUACCAGCGGCAACGGAAAAACGUGAUUUAUCUUGCCUGGCUGCUCUCUUGAGCGCCGGCCUCGGGUUUGUAAAUACCUAAUCGUGUUAGCCUAAUCUCUCAACCAGGGUUUCCUCUUCAAGCGUAAUAUUGAUGUUAAUCUCGUGUCGAUAGUGUUAAUGUACUUGAAACCAACAAAAAAAUGUGUCAAUGAAAAAAUAAAAAAAUAAACCUUGCGGGACGAUCACAGCGUUGACUAGGCUUAGCUCAUCGCAGUGUUCAACUCUUCUGUAAGUGCAAAUGUUUUGCUGUUUCGAAGCAUCUUCAUGACAUUAACAGUGUUUAAAUGUGUUUGUCUCACUGUGUAAAUAUGCCCUGGCAGGUAGACUGACUAGUGACGGAACAAUGCAAUAUUUAUGUGAGUUCAAUCUGUUCAUCUUGUCAUGUGCUCAGUAACUGUACGUCUGUCAUCUGCAACAGACAGAAACCACCUACGACUGUGUUUUGUCCUACUUUUAGCGCACUGUACUCAAAGGCGCACAUUUUGUAACGUUUAGUUAUGAGUGAGGAUUUGAAGAGAACUGGUGCUGUGAAUCGGUGUUUCUCCUGUGCGUUCAUGAAACAUUCCGCAAAAUAUGAGCGAAAAAUUGUACCUGCAGACAGUGAAGAUCAACUCCAUUGAUCUUGGGAAAUAAAAAAGGAGUAAGAUAAGCCAGCAACUCCUCUCUAAAUGUAUGCGUCCAAGAGCUGGAGAGAUCCAGGAGCAGGAGAAACGCUGUUUUAGAACUACAUGGUGGUUAAAUCUGUAAAUCGUCAGUGCAUGUGUGACCUUUUGUCUCCUCGCUGUUCAGUGUAAAGUGGUAGAUUAGGCUUCACCGAGUUAUGCACCUGUUUUUUUUAAACACUAAUAUAUUUGAUUUGUUACUCAGCGCAUAACAUUAAACUUUAUUUUUGUCAA